AUGGAAGUUGGCUCUUUAAAUGUAAUUGAAGCUAUUGCCUUGGGAGAAAAUGAAACUGAAAUUCCUAAAAAACGAGAGAAUAAAAAAGAUAUUGAUGAAUUUGCAAGACAUACUAUUUGGAUUACAUACAGAAAAAAUAUGCCAUUAAUUAAAGAAAAAACUACAGACUCAGGAUGGGGAUGUAUGAUUCGAUCAUUACAAAUGGUACUUGCACAAACAUUUCUUUCAAUUGUUCUUGGAAAUAAUUGGAAAUAUGAAAAUAAUUGUAUGAAUACAGAAAGAAAUAUUUUUCAUAUAAAAUCAAUUAUUAAUUUGUUUGGAGAUUCAACUGGAAGUUUAUUUUCUAUUCACAGAUUAGUUGCAAGAGCAUCUACAAGGGGAGUUACUGAAGGACAAUGGUGGGGACCAUCAUUUGCUUCUGAUAUAGCUGCAGAACACAUUAAUGAGAUGAGAGUCUUUAGAACACGUGGGUAUGUUGCUAAAUUAGGAAGUAUUGUUGGACCGAAGAUUGAAGAGUUGAGUAAAGAUGAAGUAGGAUUUAAUCCAUGUAUAAUAUUUGUUCCAUUACGACUUGGUCCAGAAUCACCUGAAAAUGAAUUUA